AUGGUUCAGGGCCAUACUUUCGAAAUACUAAAAAGAAAUUCAUGUGAAGGAAGUUGUAAAGAUACAGCAAAUGUAUUAGGAACGUGUUUUCCAGACUAUCCUAAUAUUGAUGGUCGAGCUGUUGUCGAAUGUGUGUGUAAUCUAGAUGACAAUUUCUUUUCUCAAUACAACGAUUGUCUUCACAAUUGUGAGGAAUAUAACAAUAUACUAGGAGUUCAAUUUGAUGAUCCUCAGGACUUGAAAAACUACUAUUGUGAUAUAGUUAAUCGGCAUUCGUCAGAUCCUAUUACUCUGAAAGCUGAUGAUGAUGGUGAAGAUGCUGUUUUACGAAGUGACCAAACUAGUUCCGAAAUGUACUCAAACGAUCAUCAAACUAGUUCAUUGGAACCGACUAGCUCACUGGAGCCUACUAGUUCAUUGGAACCUACUAGUUCAUUGGAACCUACUAGUUCAUUAGAACUAAAUAGUUCACUGAAACUAACUAGCUCACUGAAAAAUAUUAAUUCAAAGGUAAUAACCACUGCAAGCAAACAUUCCAGUUCCAUGAUGCAAACCGAAUCUGAAACUCAACUAGAAAAUAUAACUACUAUGCAGAACUUUGCUACAGUUAUGCAUGUUUCAUUGAUAUCUUUAUUGGGAAUUAUAUUAUUAUAG